AUCGCAUUUCGGAAUUGCCCAUAGCGUUUCACAUACGGCGCUCACCGACAAUGACACCGACAACAGGGUGUACUGAUCUUUGAAGCAGUCACUAUGGUUGAUGAGGCCGUCUCUGCAGGUAAGAGCCCAGUGUAUGCUGCUGCAUUUAAUGCCACAGUGUCGCCUAUAGGUCAACUUUGUCUGUUCAGAGAGCACUUGACUUGAACAGCCACCAGCAUGGCGACACUAACUACCACAACUACUCAGAUUGAAGUUACCACAUCAGCAAGUGUCGAGCUUCCUAGAUCUUCAAGUGUUGUCUCAGACCAUGAAGUCCAGUCCAAGCCGAGCUCUCCCGCAGAGGCACGACCGCCGGGAUAUGUGCCCGUAUUACCGGCGAUAUUCGUCAUGUGGGUGGGACGACAAGAAAAGCUGGGACGACCGGCCAUCAUUCCCGACUCGAUUUGGCGCAAUCGGAUCUUUACAACCGUUUGCAUAGACAUUUUCUUGGCUUGGGGUGCCGCCAAUGCCCGUGAAUCCCUCUUCUCCUUUUUCUUUCAAGACGGCCAGCGGCUCAGUGCCACACAAGCCUGGCUACGCUUCCAUCCUGCUCCUAUGGCCGGACUCAUUACGAACGUGUUCAUGGGUCUUGCCAUACACAAGAUCAACGCUAACUGGGCUGUCAUCCUGAUCCGGCUGUCUCGAGCAUUGCACCUAUCCUGGCAGCCGUGAUGAAGACCCAAGAUUCAUACUGGGAAUAUGCAUACCCAGCCUUGGAUCUGAACGAUCCUGGAGCCGACACAUUGUUCACAGUUUCCAACCUCGUCAUCACUGCGGCAUUUCCAGACAAAACUCAGGCGUUGGCUGGGGCAGUAUCCUCGCUGUAUCGAAGAUCGGCCAGAGCGUUGGGUUGGCCCUAUGCGCUGUUAUUGCAGGAAGUAUCACGACGAAGUCACACGACGCCAAUAAGAGUGCACCCGCAGCUUUACUGGAGGGCUAUCAAGCAGCAUUCUGGUUCUGCCUCGCACUCACCUCAACAAUACUCGAUGUAAGUCUGUGGGGACUGCGGGACAUCGGCAAGAUCGGUUUUUGAAGAGGGAAUAAUCAACAUACAGAAUGCCGUUCUCCUGGCUCCUAAAUAUAGCAGAUACUCAUCCCGGGAAAUGCUCUACAAUGCUUUUCGG